AUGGGCGCCUUGUCGCCUGCUUUGGUAUCGAUGAACUUGGUUGUCUCCGAGGUCUCUUCCUACUUAGGUCGACCAACUAAGGUCAAUAGGUUACUAGCUUGUGUUUGUCCUGAAUCCUUCCAGCGCUCAAGUAGGUUAUCUCAAAUCGACUACCGAUUUGAACAGUUGGACGUGCGUUUCACAGAUUGGUUUGCAGAUCUUUCGACGGUGAUCGAGGAUUUGCGUUUAACGCUUAACAACGUGGUCUGGGAUUUGCAGAUGAACCGUGCCGCCGGCGACCAGGGUGUGCGCGGGGGAGUUCACAGAGGAAGUGGAGGUCGUGUUCCAGGCGGGGCGCCCCGUCGACCAUCUCCACAACCGCCGCCCGGCGAUGUAGACGGCGAAGAGACCAUCUUGGAGGUGGAUCCCUUCGGAGAGUGGCUGCCUCCGCCCAUCGAGACUAAGCUCGUUGAGAGUGCGAUUUUUGAGAAAGAUGACGGGCUAUUGUACGACGGUCCACCUAUUUUCGAUGAGGAGCCUCCGAGGCCAGAGGAUUUUAUCGUGGAGUGUAAUUCUCCUUACAGCAACACCAACAAAGACUUUGACCAACCUUUUGGGGGAGAGAGUGUGCAUGCCAGAGGCGUAGGUCCUGCUCCAAUCCCAGUCAAGAUUUUUUCACUUCACAAGUUGGUAGAUGCAAUUAUUUGUAUGCUACAUCCCGAGGUUAAGCAAAGUGCAAUUGAACUCGCAAAAGCAAUGGAAGAUGACCAUGGGGUGAUUCUGACACAAGUAAGGGUCCUAUGUUGUGUGGGUCAGCUAGAGUGGACGUUGGGUUACAUUCAACCUUCGUGUUUGAUCGGGGAAAAUGAUGGGAGUCCUACCACAGAUUCGACACCACACACCGGCCACGGGAGCGCAUCGGCUUCGAGGGCGAAGCCUUCCGAAUCGGGGGAGAAUGGAUUCUUGUCUUGUUGGACAAGUUAG